UUUUGACCCGGAGAAAUUUGCUUGACUGCCAUUUUGGGCUGAAGGCUGCCUGGUCCACCGUCAACCACGUGAGAGAGGAAAGACGAGAGCACGAAAACGAAGCAAUCGAGCGGAGAGAAGGGGGGAGAGAUCUGGCGACAUAUUCAACUCGUUCUUUAUCUACAUGUGCUGAGGUCGAGGGGGGAAUUUAAAUUGUAACCACAACAAUGCCGACAAUUACCCUACCACCUAAGGAGAAUGCUCUCUUCAAGAGGAUUUUGCGAUGUUACGAACACAAGCAGUACAGAAACGGGCUCAAGUUCUGCAAACAGAUCCUGUCCAACCCCAAGUUUGCCGAGCAUGGAGAGACCCUGGCGAUGAAGGGUUUAACCUUGAACUGUCUUGGAAAGAAGGAGGAGGCUUACGAACUGGUCAGGCGAGGCCUCCGCAAUGACCUCAAAAGCCACGUCUGCUGGCACGUGUACGGCCUGCUGCAGAGGUCGGACAAGAAGUAUGACGAGGCCAUCAAGUGCUACCGCAACGCUCUGAAGUGGGACAAGGACAACCUGCAGAUCCUCCGGGACCUGUCCCUCCUGCAGAUCCAGAUGAGGGACCUGGAGGGGUACCGGGAGACGAGGUACCAGCUACUGCAGCUGCGUCCGGCCCAGCGGGCCUCGUGGAUCGGCUAUGCCAUCGCCUACCACCUUCUGGAGGAUUACGAGAUGGCCGCCAAGAUCAUUGAGGAAUUCAGGAAAACACAACAGACGUCUCCCGACAAGGUGGACUACGAGUACAGCGAGCUGCUGCUGUACCAGAACCAGGUGCUGCGGGAAGCCGGCCUCCACAAGGAGGCCCUGGAGCACCUGACCACCUUCGAGAAGCAGAUCUGCGACAAGCUGGCUGUCGAGGAGACGCGAGGAGAGCUGAUGCUGAACCUGGACCGUCUGGAGGAGGCCACGCAGGUGUACCGCAGUCUGCUGGAGAGGAACCCCGAGAACUGGUCCUACUACCAUGGGCUGGAGAAGGCACUGAAGCCUGGCAGCGUGGAAGAGAGACAGAAAAUCUUUGAAGAUGCGUGGGUGAAGUACCCCAAAGGACUGGUGCCUAGGAGACUGCCCCUCAACUUCCUGUCUGGUGGGAAGUUCAGAGAGUGUCUUGACCGCUACCUGAGGAUGAACUUCAGUAAAGGCUGCCCGCCUGUCUUCACCACCCUCAAGUCUCUCUACCAUGACAAGGAGAAGGUUUCAAUCAUUGAAGAAUUAGUUGUGGGCUUUGAAACGUCAUUAAACAGCUGCAGAAUGUUUAACCAGAAUGAUGACGGAAAGGAGGAGCCUCCCACGACGUUGCUUUGGGUGCAGUACUUCCUCGCGCAACACUACGACAUGAUUGGCCAGCAGACCCUGGCGCUGGAACAUAUCAACACAGCAAUCGAGAGCACGCCUACACUCAUAGAACUGUUCCUCAUCAAAGCUAAGAUAUACAAGCACGCGGGUAACAUCAAGGAGGCGGCCCAGUGGAUGGACGAGGCCCAGGCCCUGGACACGGCCGAUCGCUUCAUUAACUCCAAGUGUGCCAAGUAUAUGCUGAAGGCUGGCCUGGUCAAGGAGGCUGAGGAGAUGUGCUCCAAGUUCACUCGGGAGGGUGCGUCGGCGGUGGAGAACCUGAACGAGAUGCAGUGCAUGUGGUUCCAGACAGAGUGUGCUCUGGCCUACAAGUCCAUGAACAAGUACGGGGAGGCCCUGAAGAAGUGUCACGAGAUCGAGAGGCAUUUCGUGGAGAUCACGGACGACCAGUUUGACUUCCACACGUACUGCAUGAGGAAGAUGACGCUGCGCUCCUACGUGGACCUGCUCCAGCUGGAGGACGUGCUGCGCACGCACCCCUUCUACUACAAGGCGGCACGCACCGCCAUCGAAAUCUACCUCUGUCUCCACGACAACCCACUGGCUGACGACAACAAGGAGCUGCAGGCUGACACGGCCAACCUGUCUGACAAGGAGCUGAAGAAGCUGAGGAACAAGCAGAGGCGGGCGCAGAAGAAGGCACAGCUGGAGGAGGAGAAGAAGAACGCCGAGAAGGAGAAGCAGCUGAAGAACCAGAAGAAGAAGAAGGAGGACGAUGACGAGGAGAUCGGAGGGCCCAAGGAGGAGCUCAUACCCGACAAGCUGGCCAAGGUAGAGAACCCUCUGGAGGAAGCGGUCAAGUUCAUGACGCCUCUCAAGCACCUGGUUAAAGAUAAGAUAGACACUCACCUGCUGGCCUUCGAGAUCUACUUUAGGAAAGACAAAUACUUGCUGAUGCUGCAAUCAGUGAAGAGAGCAGUGGCCAUAGAACCAGACCACCCCUGGCUGCACCAGUGUCUAGUGCGCUUCUUCAAAGGAGUCUCUGAGAGGAAGGAUCUGGCCACGGCUGUGAGGACCGUGCUCAAGCAGGAGAUCACGCGCUUGUUCGGAGACAGCAACGCCAAGAGCUUCAACGAAACCUUCCUCACCAAGCACUCCGACUCCAUACCACAUCGAGUGGCAGCGGCUAAGAUGAUGGUGUUCCUGGACUCCUCGACAGCGAGAAAGGCUGUGGAGCUAGCCACCGCACUAGACGAGUCUCUCAACAACAGAUCCAUUCAGAUUUGUAGUGAAGCCCUGGAGGGCCUUCGGAAUGGCACGUUAGGAGAUGCAAAGGAGAAGGCGGAGUUGUACCGCACGGACUGUCACAAGCUCUACCCCUACACGUUAGCCUUCAUGCCCCCUGGAUACGAGAACACCAAGAUAGCCAAUGGCGAUGUCUCCACAGAGACUGAGGAACUGGCCAAUGACAUGUGAGCAGAGGCGGGCUAACGGGGUGGAGGAGAAACGGAACGGGCCAAGGGCGGAGCCUUGGGGUACGCCGAACGCCAUUUUCAAGCCACUUCUGGAGAGAUGGAGUGGGUUGGGUUGUUCCCUGUGGAAGCUUGGCUUCCCUCUCGGACACGAAAAAACUGGCCUGUGUGUGUGACAUUUGUUUUUUGAGAGGAGAGAGAAUAAAAAUGGCCAUUUUACUUUUUUAAUCUUGCUGACGACUACUCUAACUGAAACUGGGGGAAUAAAAUUGAACGGUUAGCAAACUGUUGAAUGAACAAAGCAGAUAAACAGUUACUAUGGAGACAAUGAACAACGAGCAACACUGUGUGGUUGUCUGGAAGAAGAGGGGGCUGGUCAGACCGACUGCUGCAUCCUGACCCACAAUUUCCUUGUUUUAAACUAAUGUUAUUUAUAUGAGAGAGAAAAAAAGAGAUAUAAACAUGUGCUUUAUGGGCACAGCCAUUUUCAUUUCAAUAAAUCCAGCAAGUGAAACUCAAACUCCAAAUUUGACUUUCAAAGCUUCCCACUUUUAGUUAACCAUAGCUCUAGAAUUUAAAUAAACUGUGGACUAUUGAAAUCCAGUGCUGCUCCCUUCCUGGAUCAAAUGGAAAUGUCACCAAGCCCAAACCUGCUAAGGAGCCCAGAAGUGAGGGGUGCUUGUUGUGCCCGGUCACAUUCAGAAUCAGACCUGGUCAUUUCCUCAAUAAUGGUUACUACAAACUCUGAACUUGAGUUUGACUAAGACUGUAUUUAAUGUAUAUGCCAACAGCUAGGACCUACAGUCACCUGCAAUGCACAUGUUUGGAUCUGGAUAGACUGGUUGGACUAACCAUCAUGCCAAUGGCAAAUGUAGUCCAUGGAUGUAGAAUGGGAUUAAUAACAAUGCUAAUCUUAAUACCAAAUGUUUGAUUAAGACUGUGUCAGAAGAAUAGGUCCAGUGUGUUGAUGUGUAAUGGGUCCUGCGCCUUGCUUUUUCUCUUGGAAAGCCUCAUCCAAUCAGAAGCUGGUCAAAAGGACAGCAUUUGAGAGGUCACUAUGGAGGCAGAGGUCAAAAGGUUACCAGGAAUGCAGUAUAGCUGACAAUGUGUAUUUCUCUCAUUUUUUUCUUCUCACCUUCCACCUCUUGGUUGGCUCCCAGUGUUAACAUUGAGAUGGUGAUGUAUAGCUUUGGAUUUUGGGCCAAAAAAUUGUUUUUAGCCAUCUGUAUAUACAGAUUUUUUUCGUGGUCUAGCGAAACUGUAUGGAAAUAGUUCUUUGUCAGAUGACCUGUGACCAGUCAGUCGAACCGGAUUCUGUGUCAUACCAACCCAUACUCAAACACUACAUCAAUAAACACAGCCUCGCUCCUCUCUAACAGAAAACUCUUUACUUUCAUUACUUGAAGCAGUUUCUCUUCACUGUGUGAUUUCUUUUUAGCAGUGUUUAGCGCCACCUGAGGAUCUUGAACGAUAACAGACCACCAGUUGCUUUAUAAUUGCGUUUUAGUGUAGAAAAAUAGUCAGAUUGAAUCAGGAAUCACAACAGUGUGUGUCCACUGUCCCAGAACGUAUAUUUUGGACUUGGUUGUGAGGGAUGGUUCGUGUUCUUUCCUCUCCCUCUAUUUAAAGAUCAGCCUGCCUUCUUUUUUCAUAUGUAAGACAACUACCCCCUGUUGACAAACACCUAAGAGGUACCAAAUAUACAAUGCAAUAAAAGUAUUUUUAAAAAUGAA